UUGACUUAGGACUCGACAUCCAUUUCCCUUCUGACUUAGCCGGAAAUUUCCCUCCAGAAUUAUCGUCGAACCUCGUUCUUAUAUUUUCCAUGGUCUCCUAUGCUGUCCAGCAGAAAUCCUCGCGCCGAUACCGUUCAGGUAUGCCGGCCCAACUUGCCGCGGCACAGAGCAAAUAUUUUAACGACGAGGAGACGCGUCGCUCCAUGCUUCUAGCAGACGCAUGGAUUGAUCCCAACUCAGUUUGCGCCGAUAGCGUCUUUUGUCUUUCCUGUCGGAAGACAAUACAGCUCGACAAGCGGAACGGUCGAUAUUAUCCAGCCAAUUGGAAUCGGCACAAGAAGAGGUGUCUAGAGACACAGGCGGGUAGCUUGAGCUUGAAAGGUAGCAGGGGAAGACCGAAGAAAAAGGCGAAGAAUUCGUCGUCGAACCCCUCUGACGAGAAAUUAAUGGUCACUGUCAAACUGCGGCAUAGUCUCCGUAUCCGUGGGACGACAGAAACGGAGAUGGAAGCCAUAGCUUAUAGGAACGACGUUUCGUCUGAUAAAGAUGAUGCAGAUGGUCCUAUGGCGGAGAGGUCAGGUGAAGAUGGAGAAUAUACUGAGGUGCAACGGAACGGGAGUCCAGCGUGUUGCCGCCUAGAUUCAAUCGCAAACUUUCGAUGUCUUGAUAAUCGUAUUACUUAUCCGUUGCAUACGUUAAUCCGGCAUUCACUUUUCUUUACAAAUACUAAUCGAGAGGCGACUCCUAGAUGAACGAAAUUAUACGAAGACUCUUAGGUAUAAUCAUUUGUCCAUCUGGGAAAUGCUACCCACAACUUUAGACAUCAAA